CAGGAACACGAUGAACCUCUCACUCGCUUCCCGUCAUGCCUUUCUCGUCAGCUGAUUUGAUCGCAUCAGUGGCGCUUUUAUUUUCCUUGAUCAACGAAUGACAGUGACUAUCACUAUAUCGAUCAGUUAGAGGAGAUAAAACAAAACAGCUACGAUUGCGUGUCAGUAUUUCAAAAGCUCGCCCCGAGAGAAAAACACAACAAACAUGUGUGUGAAUUUGUACUAAUCAAAACUAGAGGAGCCAUGCUUGCCACCCAAACACCUGAGAGUGGCGCAGAGGCAAAAGAUGUUAAACAGUGGAUCAAGGAAAAGAUAGCGUGGAUCUUGAAAGCCCUGCAGAAACGAUACAUCACCACAGACACAGUGGUCACCAGGGAGGACCUGGAAGCUAACCUGCUAUGUUGUGCUUUGGAAGCUGUCUUCAUCCAUGGCAUCAAGAGCAAGUUCAUCAGAAUGGUUGGAGGUCACGUGCGUAAAGGAGGGUCACGAGGAGCCCUUCCUCAGCCCUUCUUCUGGGGCCUGCUUAAGACUGUCACCCACAGGGAUGUAGUUCAAGAACUUGAGCAUCUAAGCUUCAUAAACUCAGACGUCGGCCGCUGUAGAGCAUGGGUUCGCCUGGCACUGAACGACGGGCUUCUGGAGUGUUACCUGACCUCACUGCUCCGCGAAGGGUCCAAUUUGGGCUCCUAUUACCAGCCCUGGGCCCUUCUCAUGGACCCAGAAGACCGUGAGGUUCUUCUCACCCUCCUGCAGGGUUUGGCCUCGCUGACCUUCCAGCUCUCCUACAAAUCAUCUGUGCUGAAUGAGUGGACCAACACACCACUGGUUCUUGCGGGUCUUUGCCCCCCCACGCUUGCCGACGAGCGACAGCUUUGCCCUAAACGCAAAGAGUCUUGGGAUACUGUCUCCCAGUCAUCAGGAGGGUCCGGAGGCUCAGAUUGGGCUCAGGAUGCGAACCAGAGGGAGCCUAGGAGGGAGGGCUGUGAGUCGAAUACACAUCUGACCUCAUCAAACCUUAGUCUGGAUAUGUCAGGCUCAUCACAGCUGUCCUCCAGUCUGAGCUCGGAUAGUCUGCUGCAGGGUCAGGACCUCAGGAGUCCAGAGAAAGAACGAUGGAGCUGUGAUGUCGACAUCAGCCGCAAUCCACAACAGAAGAACACAUUUACGGAGGAUAGCAGCUCCUGUAGUCAGUACUUGAUAAAGGAAGACUUUGAUGAGUUCAUACCGAGUGCCUCUGCCACACACAACAUCACAGAUGGCGAUGUACGCAUGCCUGAUGGCCCCCCACCAAUGCACCAAUCAGACACACCCUUCACAGUGGCUUCUGAACCUUGCUCAGAAAAGAUAUCCACAGAAACAAUACAGGAGACAGAUGCAAAAACGUCAGAAGUAUCUGACACUCUAGUUGAAACUACAAGACGGAAAGUUAGACACACAGUCAUUGAGACUUACGAACGUGAGAAGAAGACAGAGAGCAGACACUCCUCUUUUGGUUUCCCAGAAGUUUCUACUCUCACCAAGAUGGGUGAGAAGACCUUUGACAUUAAAGACCCUGACAGUCUUACUCCAGAGACCUCUCCUGCUGUGCUCAACCAUUCCACGGGUACUGUGAGCAGGAAAACAUCCUCUGACUCCUUGUAUUCCUCCUGUAAAUGCACAUCUUGGAUAUCGGAGGAGGACUUCCACAAACCUGAAGAAACGGGCAGAUAUGAAGAACAUGCUGUCAUUGAUAUUGCACAAAUUAUUGGGCAGGUGACGCCCACCCCUGAACCAGACCGUCUCCAGUCACCACCUAGUGUAGUGCACCGGAGACAGAACGGCUUGCCUAACCCAUUCAGGGGUCUGCUGAAACUUGGUCAGCUGGAGCGCCGUAGUGCAAUGGCCAUGUGGUGGGAUUACUACUGUGAGCUCUCUCCCUUUGAGUUGCGGCUUUAUAUCGAUGCAGAGGAGCGCAUCUGCUACGAAAACCUGUCCCUGCUGCGCUGCGAGGACGUCCACCUGUCCUCAAGUACUGAGGGACGUUUCCGGCUCUCCUUCCAAGGCAAGAGACUCUAUCUGCGGGCACCGUCUCGCGGAGAGGCCGAAGACUGGGUUGACCGCAUCGUGGAGGCCAUCAGCAAACUGCGACCCAUGUUGAAAGAGGAGCAGUGGGAGGUGCUGCAAUCACCCAAUGACCAAGAAGUCCCAUCGCCGGUAUCGUCACACUCAAGCCCCCAGCACACCAUCAUAGAACUGCCUGAUUCUCCUCAGUUAGCCUGGACCCGUCAUACAGACCCAGAACCGGAUGCCAUCAAGGAGGCGGUGGUCUAUCAGAACAUGGAGGAGAAAGGUUGGAGGUCUCUGGUGCUCUCGCUCUCCCUGGAAACUCUCAAGGGUUACCGGGUCCAAGAAGACUCCAAGACGCCCCUCUUCUUACACCCCAUAGGGGCCAUCAGGGAUGUGGUUCCAGAUGUUUCUCUUGGAAGCCCUGCUUUCUUCAAGGUUCUGACUGCACGGGAGACACUGACUUUGAGAGCAGAGAGUGGCGAGGAAGCGCAAGGAUGGAGAAGCCUCAUCAGAGGAGCUCUUGACUCGUAUCUGGAGUCUGAGGAUGACGGGAUGGUUGAGGGCACCUCAUCGCCCAGUGGUGGGCAAGGGGGGAAUGUUCACAAGCUGGUCCAGCACAGACUGAAGGGAGACGGGACACUGCUAUCUCACUUGUCCAUUGUGCCCAUAGAGAGAGGAUUAGAUGCACAACAUUACAAAUGUGCAGGUUGCUCUAGGCAGAUCGGUUUGUCUCUGGGGCGAGCUAAACUGUGUGAGUUCUCAGGUCAGUACUACUGUGAGACCUGUCACCAAGGAGACACAAGCAUCAUCCCCUCUCGCGUGGUUCACAACUGGGACCUAACAUCACGUGAGAUCUCAAGACACGCCAUGAAGUUGCUGGCUCAAAUUGAGCACGAGCCUCUCCUGAACCUUGAUGCUCUAAAUCCUGACCUGUUCGAUCAUGCUGACAUCAUGUCUACUGUACAGAGCCUCAGACAGGGACUCCAGUUCCUUGGCGACUACCUCCUCAUGUGCCGCAGUGGGAUCUGUAAGCAAAUCCAGCUAAGACUUCAACAGAGGUGUUACUUAUUGGAGAGAAGUGAUGUAUACAGUGUAUUGGACUUGCAACAGAUAGCAGACAGCCAUUAUGAAGCUUACCUGCAGUCUCUGAUUCAGUUUGGCUCCAAACACGUGCACAACUGUGACCUUUGCACCCAGAGGGGUUUUAUUUGUCAGAUCUGCAAUACAGACAACAUCAUCUUCCCUUUUCAGCUUGAGAGCACCUCCAGGUGUAAUGUGUGCAAGACGGUGUUUCACGCCUCCUGUAAAGCUCAGUGUCCGGUCUGUCCACGCUGUGUGAGAAUACAGAAAUACUUGGAUAGAGACUUGGAGGACUGAAAUGUUCAUGUUUCAAAGGAAACUAGCAACAACGGAAACGUUCAUGUUGCAUAUGUUUCUGUAGUUGCUGUAUCUACAGUACUUAAACUCUAGGGUUAGUUUGAGCACAGGUAAAUAGAAUCAGGUACUAGAUUAUCGUUGUAUUGGUGAUCUAAUUCUGCGUUCUCAUCUCGUAAGAAUGACCAUAACUGCAUCUGAGAUUCUUUCGUCAGACUCCAAAAAUGUUAGUUUCUAUGGGAGUACUCGUAACGCCAUAUUGGAUCCAUGUGCGCCUUUUGUUGUUGUUCAUUGGAAAAUACAUAAUCACUACAAUCCUUUUCUCUAUACUGCCUUGCAAAGGCUAAAUACAGUAACUACAUAUUUUUGUCAAAACAAGUUAUAGCUGACAACAAAAACGUGAACUCGGAAAUUCGUAAGUAAGGUAAUUCCGACCAUCUUUGUAGGAUUUCACAUUAAGCAUUUUACAAGACUCGUCUGAAUCUCAGAAACCGUAAGUGCCUUAUUUACAAGCAUAUGUACAUAUUUAUGCACCUUAACACACCUGGAACAUGUACAGUACAUUAAAAUAUAAAAUGUCAGCGAUCAAUCUGUGCCAUACAAAUAAUUGUACUGUAGAAAAACUGCUAUUUUUGUUCUCCCUAUGGACUUUAUGCACAUCAAUAUUCAAUAGUUAAUUCAUUUUCUGUCCAUCUGGGGUUCUGCAGUUCUUUAUUAUAUCUUCUCUGUUCUCUUUUUUUGCUUAGUCAUUAUUCAUUCUGUCAGGCCAAGGAAGUCAUAUAUAUGAAAUUCAUUAGGCAACUGAAUGCCAAGGAUCUUAUAAUGAUUGUUUAUGUAGUACUGUUUUUUCAUGGCUUGCCAAGUUUUAUAUAAAGGAUUAAAGGUUUAAAAUAAAUUGUAUGCAUAUAUUAAUAAGCCUAUUCAUGUAGAUGCAAGAAUUGUAUUCAUUAAUAAGAGUGAAAAUGAAAUCUAUAUGAAAUGAAGAUACUUACAACAUACUUUAGAAAGUUUUUCUUUUUUCAUACUCUGUGCCUUUAUUGUCAAGUUUCAUUGAAGUAUUUGUUAUCACUAAAAUGGGUUGUGCAAAAAAUGUAAUUACUGUAUUAUUACAAGGAAAUGUGAAUUAUUUGUGAAGCAACUUCAUUGCUAACAUUCAUCUCUGUGGAUGAUAC